GCCAACCGUCUGCCAGCACCGACCCUCUUCGUCGGCCCACCGUCCCGCAAUGCCUCGCAGCUCUCCGUCUCCCGGCAAGGCAUCGAGCAAAAAGCCACGCGUGACCCGCUAUUACGCCAGAAGUCGGCUCUAGCCAAAGACCCGGAUCCGAAGGACUUCCCACGCCUCAAGAAACAGAGCGAAAGGGAGGUCGACGCACGAUGGCGAGAGCUACAAAGCACGCUCAACGAAGUCGAGCUCACCGCGCAGAGCUCCACGCACGUCUUCGGCGCCAGUCAUGCCGCCGCUCUGGACCAGCUGCGGAAAGCGCAGGUCGAGCUGGCGAGGGCAUGGGGUCGUGACGCGGAGGUCAUGGGGCGGUAUUCUGGCGCGCAGGAUCUGAUCAAUGACCGCACGAAGACGACCCGUACGCGAGCCGGUACGAAUGCUUCGGUUUCUACCGUCGAGAGCGGGGAGAGCACGGCGCAGAAGAAGGGGCCGGAGAAGCUGGAGGAUGAGACGGCGCAGGACAUUAAGCUCGCUUCGGAGCGGAGGGCGGCGAAUGAGGCGUACUUUAAGAAGGUCGAUGAGGGGGUGAAGGAUGUGGUCGCUAAGCUUGAGGUGGUUGCGGAGGCUAUGAAGGGCGUUGAGGGGGAAAGUCGGAGUUUAUGGAGUGGAAGU